AGAACGCUAAAGCGUACUCUUGGAAGUGUAGUGGUCUUGUUCGCCCCUCUCUCUGUUAGCUCUCUAAGUAGACUUCUACGUACUCGAGAAUUGGACGUCAACCAGACGCUAGAGGAUUUGCGUGCUAUUCUUGAUAUUCCAGAGGACCAAAGCCGCCCGCUUCGCCUGCAUCACCCUUCCUUCCGGGACUUCCUCCUCAACAAGGAGAGGUGCGGCGAUCCCAACUUCUUGGUGGAGGGGACGCAGGCCCACCAGACACUAGCCGAUGACUGUGUCCAACUCCUGUCAACCUCUCUCAAGCAAGACAUAUGUGGCGUUGGUGCUCCAGGUGCGCCUGUAGAUGACGUAGAAAGGGAUCGAGUGGAUCAAUGUCUUCCCGCAGAGGUCCAGUACGCAUGUCUCUAUUGGAUACAGCAUCUGCAGAAGGGCAGCACUCAACUUAACGACAACAACAACAAAGUACACCGUUUCCUGCAGCAGCAUUUCCUCCACUGGCUUGAGGCACUCGCGUGGAUGAGGAAGGUUCCUGAGGGAGUCUAUGCGAUUAAUUGUCUGGAGUCUAUGACAGCGUUGCAUACAUGCCCCCAGCUCUCUAGAUUUAUUCAUGAAAUAAAGCGGUUUACCCUGUACAACCGGUCAGUAAUUGAGCAAGCACCACUUCAAACGUAUUGCAGUGCGCUUGUUUUUGCACCAGAGACAAGCAUAGUAAAAAAGCAUUUUAUAGAGUGCGCGUCUCGAUGGGUGCGAAUAUUGCCAAAGGUAGAUCAAAGUUGGAAUGCGCUGCUGCAGACGCUUGAGGGUCAUACGGGUUCGGUCUGGGCCAUAGCCUUCUCACCAGACGGCAAGCAGCUGGCAUCGGCUUCAGGGGACACGAUGGUCAAGCUGUGGGAUGCCGGGUCAGGCGCGCUGCUGCAGACGCUUGAGGGUCAUACGGGUUUUGUCGGGGCCAUAGCCUUCUCACCAGACGGCAAGCAGCUGGCAUCGGCUUCAGGGGACACGAUGGUCAAGCUGUGGGAUGCCGGGUCAGGCGCGCUGCUGCAGACGCUCAAGGUUGGCGCUUCCAUCAGGACUCUUUCUUUCUCCGAUGACGUCACUUCUCUCCAGACUAACAUAGGAUCAUUGCCCAUCUUAAGAUCUUCCAUACGCGGUACAGCCAUUGGCCAUGUGCAGCCUUCAUCUUCUAUCUUGGUGGAGGAUCAAUGGGUUACUCUCCAUCGUGAGCGGAUUCUUCGGCUUCCUAUUGAGUACCAGUCAAGUACCUCUGCUGUUCAAGGGAGUACUAUUGGCCUUGGGUCUAUGUCUGGAAGAGUCACAAUCAUAGGAUUUGCUUCCUGA